AUGCCAAGUACAAGUUAUUUAGACAAGGAUUUUGGAGCUUCUUAUUACGACAGGUUCCGUCCUUCUUAUCCUAACACUUUAGUCCACAAAAUCCUUUCUUAUCAUAAUGAAAAAACCGAAAAUGAAUUAAACACCUUAGUCGAGGUUGGUUGUGGAACCGGGAUUGCUACUAAAUUGUUCAUGAAUCAUUUUAAAAAAUGUAUUGCUACUGAUGCAUCGUCUAGUAUGUUAGAAUGUGCCAAAAAUACACUCCCAAAAGACUCAAAUGUCACAUACAAGCUCGCAAAAGGGGAAUGUUUAGUAGAAGAUGGAAAAAUUGGUUUGAAUUCAGUGGAUAUGGUCAUUGGUGCUCAGAGUAUUCAUUGGUGCGAUUUUUAUACCUUAUUUGAACAAGUUCACAAAAUAUUGAAACCUAAUGGUACUUUUGCAUUUUGGUUCUAUACACAACCUGAGUUUAUUGAAUUAAAUGGAUUUAAUGAAAUUUAUUACAAGUAUGGUUGGUCUGAUGAAUUCAUGGGCAAAUAUUUAACGCCAUUUCAGCGUCAUUUUUUCACUAAAUUUACUGAGAAUGACCAAUUAAUGGAUCAAUUGAAAAACCAUUUUGAUGACAUUAAAUUCGAAGUAUCCUGCUAUUCUAAGGGUCACUCAGAUCCAAAUGCACCAUAUUACCAAACCACCGAAAUGUCUAUGUCUGAUUUAAGAGAUUUGGUCAAAUCAUGGAGUCUUUAUACAUCUUGGGUCAAACACCAUCCAAAUGACACUAUUGAUAUUGCUGACAGAUUUAUUAAUGAAGUAAUUGAAAAAUUUAAUAUAACAGAUGAAAAUAAAUUAUUUAAAGUCCAAUGGACCACCUUUUAUUAUAUGUGCCGUAAUAAAUAA